AUUUAAUUGAUAAUAUUAUUAUUAAUUAAAUAGAAAAAAAAAAAAAAUGAUAAAUAUAUUUGGUAAUUAUUAGAAAAUGAAAAUAAUAAUGUUGAUAAACAAAAUUAAUAAUUUUCUGUAUAAUUCAAAUGAAUGGUGUGAAAAGAAAAAAUGUUUACCUUGAAAUAAUUUGAUGAUGUAGAUAUGAGAGAGAUGUAUAAAUAUCAAGGUCAUAUACGAAAGUAUGUAAAAAAUAAAUUAUAAAAAGAAAGAUAAUAAUUAAAAUAAUAAAAAUGCCAUCACAUAAACAUAUAUUGCCAAAUGAGGAGUCAUACCUAAAAUCAGGUAGACCCUCAAGUUUAUUUAAAUCAAAUUUUUCAUGUGAAAAAUUGGAAAGAGUUUAUCGUGCAUCAUCAUUACAACAACGUCGUGGUGGUUUACAUUGUUUUCUUUUAUCAGCAAUUUUUUAUGAUAUUUAUACAAUAAUAUCACCAGAACCAGAAUUACAAGCACGUGGUGUAUGUGCUAUAUUUAUGGGACUUAAUCUUGGUUUACUAGCAAUUGCUGAACGUGGUACAACUGCUAGAAAUACAUUAUGGUCAGCAUUACCACAUCUAGCAUGGCAUUUAUCAACAGCACAAUUACUUGUACAAUUAUUUUUAAAACCAGAUGUCACACAAAGAGACAGUCUUGGAUGGUUAUUAUUAUUAAUUUAUUUAUUAUUUGCAACAUUACCACUUAGAUUAUUACAUUGUGCUUUACUUGCACUUGGUACUGUUACUACAUAUGUUGUUGCUGUUGUUGGCCUUGGUAAAAAUCCUUUUCAAACACCAAUUGACGUCUUGAUAGUUACAGUUUCAUUGUCAAUGGGUUCAGCAAUAUUGGGUACAUCAAGUUAUUCAUUAGCUGAAUUUCAACAACGUCGUGCAUUUUUAGAAACACGUCAAUGUUUACAAGCACAACUUGUUAUUGAAGAACAAAGUGCUGAACAAGAACGUUUGUUAUUAAGUGUAUUACCAGAACAUGUUGCUGUUAAAAUGAGACAAGAUCUUGGUGCAUCACUUGAUACACAAUUUAAAAAAAUUUAUAUGUCACGUCAUGAAAAUGUAUCAAUACUUUAUGCUGAUAUUGUUGGUUUUACUGCUAUAUCAUCAACUUACAGCGCCAGUGAACUCGUCAAAAUUCUCAAUGAACUUUUUGCUCGUUUUGAUCGACUCAGUGAAUGGUACGAACAAUUGAGAAUAAAAAUUCUGGGUGAUUGUUAUUACUGCAUAAGUGGAGCACCAGUAGAAAGACGUGAUCAUGCAAUAUUAUCAGUUCACAUGGGUUUAUCAAUGGUGAAAGCAAUAAAAUAUGUUCAAGCAAAAACAAAUAGUCCAGUUGAUAUGAGAGUUGGUAUUCAUACUGGUGCAGUAUUAGCUGGUGUGCUUGGUCAAAGACAAUGGCAAUUUGAUGUUUACAGUAAAGAUGUUGAGCUUGCAAAUAAAAUGGAAAGCAGUGGAAAAGCUGGACGUGUUCAUAUUUCAAAUACAACACUGAGUUUUCUCAAUGAUGAAUUUGAAGUUGAACCAGCAUACGGAGAAAAUCGUGAAGAAGCACUUGCAAAAGCUGGUCUUGUAACUUAUUUUAUUGUUAGAGCACUUAAACCAUUUAAACCAAGUAUAAAUAGAAGUGUUACAUCACUGAGUGAUGCUGAAACAUCACAAGGAAUAAUUGAUCAUUCAGAAAGCAUAAAUAAUCGUGAAGAUUCAAAAGAUUUUCGUGAACGAUUACGUAAAGAACUUGACAACAGAGAUGGUCGAUCAAAACUGAAGGAUCAUGCAUCAUGGUUAACACUUCAAUUUAAAGAUCCAAAUGUUGAGACAGCAUUUCACAGUUCUGGUGAAGCAUUUUCACCACUUUCAUUGCUUGGUGGACCAUUAGUUCUUAUUUGUGCUGUACCAAUAUGGAGGAUACAACCUUGGGGUCUUUUUACAUGGGGAGGUGCUGGUGUUGUAUCAUUAUUUGCAAUUGUACUUGCUGGUGCAACAUGUCUAGGAAGUGCAGUUAGAGCAAGAUGGCUUCGUCGAACACUUGCACUAUUAAUGAUAUUUUCACUCAGUAUAUUUCUUCUUCUUGAUAUGGGUAAUUGUGCAAUAAUUGAUGAACAAGUACCACCAACAAAUGCAUCAAUAAAAUCAACAAAAUGUCCAUUUCCAUCGUAUUAUUCUUAUGUUGGUGUCCUGGCAUUGAUUGUUAUUUCAAUGCCAGCUUAUGUUAGUUAUCUUGGUAAAUCAGUCAUGAUGUUUAUGCUUGCUGGUGCACAAUGUUUCAUCAAUAUUUCGAUGCUUGGUGGUGGGUUAGAUCGUGAAGAUGCUUCUUCAUAUUCAGCUGAUCCAGUACCAUUUCCUCUCAAGUAUUCAUUGUCAGCAGUAUUGAUGACUGUUGCAACGACACUCGUUGCUGUUGCCAGAUAUGCAGAAAAAGCAAGAAGAAUACUUUAUUUAUGUGGUCGUGAAGUUGUUGCACAACGUGAAAGAGCAGCUGAUAUGAAAAGACGAAAUGGUGCAUUGAUUUAUAAUAUUUUACCACCUCAUGUUGCUGCAUAUUUUUUAUCAACAAUGCGUCAUCAUGAUGAUCUUUACAGUCAAAGUUAUUCAGAAGUUGGUGUAUUAUUUGCAAGUAUGCCAAAUUUUGCUGAUUUUUAUAGUGAAGAAAGUAUUAAUAAUCAAGGAUUAGAAUGUCUCAGAUUUUUGAAUGAAGUUAUCUCAGAUUUCGAUGCAAUACUGGAUCAACCAAGAUUUGCAUGUAUUAUAAAAAUAAAAACAAUUGGUUCAACUUACAUGGCAGCAUCAGGAAUAACUGAAAAUGAAGAUUCAGAAGAUGGACCAAGAUGGAAUCAUUUAUCAAUGCUUGUUGAAUUUGCACUUGAAUUAAAAAAAGCAUUAUCACUUAUAAAUGAACAAAGUUUUAAUCAUUUUGUAUUAAAAAUGGGAAUAAAUCAUGGUCCAGUAACUGCUGGUGUUAUUGGUGCUAGAAAACCACAUUAUGAUAUUUGGGGAAAUACUGUUAAUGUUGCAUCAAGAAUGGAAAGUACAGGAAAAGUUGGACACAUACAGGUCACGGACGAAACAAGAAAAAUCCUUGAACCUUUUAGUUAUGGUUUUGAACAAAGAGGAAUGGUAUUUGUCAAGGGUAAAGGUCAACUGUUAACCCACUAUUUAACAUCUAAAAAUGGAGUUUAUUUAAGACUGGACAGUGAUCUUCCAGUUGUACCAGCGCAUCCAAUCAUCUAUCAGUAAUUAAUCAUUUAUAUUUUCAUUAAACAUGUAGAAUUUUAAUAAUUUCAUUUUAAAGUUGACAUUUUUUUUUGUUGUAAAAAUGAUUUGUAAGGGGAUUCAUUAGCAGCUGUGAUUGGAUUGAAUUGUUGUUAUUGUACUGUCAUGAUUUGAAGGAUAGAUUAUUGCCGAUAAGUAAUUAUUGCCUCAUUGUAAAAUCAUCAAACAAAUUUUUAAUUAUAAUAAUUUAACUUCUUUUUCUGAUCGUUAAAUUAUAUAUUGUUUUUGACAUAUAUUUAUAAUUAAUAUCAACGAAAUUUUGAAUUAUAAUUUGACAAGAAUUGAAUGAUAAUUAAAGUGAUAAUUAAAUGACAAAAAUUUAUAAUGAUAAUGCUAAUGAAUCAGCUUUUUUUUGUUUUUAAUUAGAGACAAUGAAUAGUGUAACGAAAAAUAAUUUAAUCAACGAAAAUGACGAAUUAAUUUUACUAUGGAAAUAGAGGAUUUAUAUAGAUUAAAUUAUUAUUUUGUUUUUUUAAAUUUUAUGAAGAAUUUGCUUGGAGAAAAUUUGUGGGAAUUAAUGAUGCUGUUUUGAAAUAAUUAACUGAUGAUGUUUAAAGUAUAUGGAAAGAAAAAAAUUAACUCUAAUUUUGAACAGUUAAAUUAUCGAAUUUAAUAUUGAACGAGAAGAACGUAUUUGUUGUUGAUUUUACAGUCAAAAAAAAAAAUUGUAAACUGUUGAAGAUUUAUGACCAAAUUUUAAAUUUUAGUAUAGCUUUAUAAUUAUUUUAAAUAAUUAGAAAUAUAUAUUCUGGAUAAUUAAGACUUGAAUUUUGAAAAUUAUAUUAAUUUUUAAUUGUUAUUUAAUUUUUAUUGACUGUAUUUUUUUUCUAAGUUAAUUUUCAUUUCAGAUGUAUUAUAAAAAUGAUUUUAUUACAGAAAAAUUCUGGUAUUUAAAAUUGAUAAUUAAAUUUAGCUAAAUUAGCUAAAUUUUAAAUACUAAAAUUUAUCAUAAAAAAUUUUCUCUUUAAAUUUUUUUUCACGUUUUUCAUUUUAUUUAUUUAAUUAUAAAAUUUUUAAAAAUAUUUAGAAUAAAUAUUUCAAGUAUUCAAUGAUAAAACUAGAACAAUCAAUUUUAUUUUAAUUUUUAAAUAUCAAAAUAUAGAUAAAUAAAAAAACUUCAAUAUUAUUCUCAUAGUUAAUCAAAAUUUAUAAAAAAAAUUAAUAAUUUUCAAAUAUUUUAAUUUCCAUUAAUUUUUUAUAAAUAAUAAUUUAUCAUCACUAUCAUAUUCGACAAAUGAAUAAUAAAAAAAAAAUAAUUAUUCAAAUUUUUCUUUAAAUAUUAAUAAUAAAAAACAAAUGAAAAAAAAAAAUUUAAUCAAAUCGAAAACGUUCUUCACGUUUGUGAUAACUCUGUCCAUGAUAUAGUUUGACUUAAAAGAAAAAAAAAAAAAAAAUAAGUAUAGUAGUAAAAAAUCAAUGUAUUACUUGUAUAAUAUAAAUGGAUGAUUUUUAGAUAAUUAAAAAAUUUAUAAUCAAAGUGUUUUGACGAAAUACCAAUUAAAAUAUUGAGCCGAACGUUUUCACAUUUAAACUGACAUGGCGUAAGAUAAUCCCGAUAAUGAAAAACUAAAUAAAAAAAAAAAAAAAAUGAGUUCAUGUAAUACUGCAGCUUGUUGAGAAUGUAGUUGGGUAUGUAUGAACCAAAAAAAAAAUAUCAAGCAUGUAUUUGUGUAAUAGAAAUUUCCUAGUAAACUUCUGCGCAUGUACGUCUGACAAAUCAUUGAUAUGAACUACUCGAGCUUUGAAAAAUUCAUAUUUGUACAAAUAUCAAAGAGAAAUACAUAAAGAAAAAGUAAACUCUUUGAACUAUUUGAAAUAAAUAAAAAUAAAAAGUCAAAAUUAUAUGUGUGACAUGUAUGAGAAUACAAUAAAAAUUCUGAGAUAAAAAAAUUAUAAAUAAUAUAUAUUGUUGUUCAAAGAUGUGAUUUAUCUCGGUGGUGUUUUAUUUUUCUACAUAGAACCACCGAGUUUUCACGUAAAUUGUCUUGAUGUUAAUGUUUUUCUUUGUCACGAAAUAAUUAUAAACAAUUGAAAAAAAAAAAAAAAACAUAUUAAUAAAAAGAAAAAUGAUAUUGUAAUUAAAAAUAAAAUAUUUCUUAAUCAUCCACGGCCUAAUAAACGCGAGUCUCAAACUCAAAUGAAAAAUGUUUUAUUAAUAUAUAAUUUACGGUUAAAUGUUUUAUAAUUAUUUUUAAUCCUAGUUAUAUUUUUUUAAAUAUUCAAUUCGCACAAAAUUUUAUUUAGUAUAUCAUAUUAUUUUUAAUUGAAAAUAUACGAGAGACUCGCAAGAGGUCAUGGAAUAAUAAUUGAUAAUAAAUAAUAAACAUCGAUAUUAUAAAAAAAAAAAAAAGUUAAAUUAUAAAUAAA